AUGGCAAAGUUUAGGUCAAAGUUGAAGAGUCACAGUAAAGGAAAACGAUGGGCAUCAGGACAUUCAGCUGUUACCAAUCCGCAAAACUUCAAGCAUCGCAGCAAGGCAAAGUCACGUUUUUUCCAGCCAAACUUGAGCCUCGCUCCGCCAGAUGGUCAAAAGAGUGGACUCACGCAGGAUGCUGUGAUGCAACAUGAAGCUCGACAGAUGUUUAUUUCCCCACAAACUGAUCCCACGGUGAAAGAUAUUGCGCUUAGUAUGAAAUCAGUGAGUCUGGAUGAGAUGAUGACUGAGUCUGCUGGGAAGACAUUCAAGACAUUCGCCACAAACUAUACAGAUUGUACAAAUGCAAGCUUUGGGAAAUUGCUUACUCGCUUCCGGGCAGAUUCCAACCUACACAAGGACAUGUUGGCUGUUUUGGCGGCUAUAACUGAAGUAAUUAAUGACCAAAAAGGUCAGCAAUCAUCCACGGAGUAUUUUGUCGCCCUCCUGGAGGUGUUGAGUAAUGUCAAGGAGGACAAUCAAACAGCAGCUGCUCUCUCACUCCUCUCAAUGGGAAUCAAAACAGUCCCUCAGGCAGUGCUGAGGAAGAAAUUCUCCGAAACCGGUGAGUUACUCUUCAAUAUAAUGCAAGAAUUUAUGGAGAAGGAAAAUCAGAGUGUCUGGAGGAAUGUGAUUGGGUGCAUGAGUGUGUUACUGCGGAAUCAGGAGUACGCACUCUGGACACUCUCCUCCACAAUUAAAUACUUUGAAUCAGUGCUGGCAUUUACCAUUCAUUCACGUGCAAAAAUUCGCAAAGCUGCCCAACAUGGGGUAACGAGUAUCUUGAAGGGAAGUUGCUUUAUGGAGGCAAACCCAGAGGCACCUGGGAAGGAAGUGAAAGUCCAUCCGGCAAGUGGAAUUGUCCGGAAGUUCUGUGCGAUGCAAUUCAAUUCGGAGAAAGUUGCAAAUUCUCAGACUCUUGUCUUGCACACUUUAGGGCUUCUGCAGGAUGUAAUUGGGGUAUUCAAGGAGGAAGAUGUUAAGAUUAUUUGUGAGAGUAUCUUGUCUAUUAUGACGGCAUCGAAUAUCCUGUUGAGAAUAUCGUGCUUCCACACAUUGCACGCACUGUUCUCCAGCAAAUCUCCGAAUGUUGGGGGCCAGCUUAUUGGGAAACUCAUUUCGGCCAUCUAUGGAUAUCGUCCUGAUCAAUUGGACGUCCGGCAGACCAUUGUAUGGGUGACUGUGAUCAAGGAGGGCCUCCUGUGUCUAGCUCAGAGAGAUCUGCACCUGUGCAGUCGAGCUUUGCCGCGUUUUGUGGAAAUCUGCACGUCAGAUCUGUGGAUUAGCGAUAAAUUUGAAAUUGUUUCAACCACAUCAAAUGCUCUCAAGGAAAUCCUCUACGACUGUGUCAAGCCAUGCUGUGAGAAUCCCAAAGAACUGCCCAGUCAUUCAUCUUCGCUGCAGAAGGUUAUUAAAUUCAUCAGCAAAGUCCUCACAGAUAGUCCCUUUGGACAUGCCUCAAAGCAGGUCUUUGUAAUCCUCAAAGUCACCUUUGAGAUCUGUGGCAGUCACUUUGGGGACGCGCUUCAGGAGACUGUAGCCACAAUAGGACGCCUCUAUGAUACAGAUAGUUCCGUAAGGGUGGAAAUUGAGCAUUGUCUCGUGAUGGCAAUUUCAACAAUGGGCCCGGAAAGAGUUCUCAAAGCAAUCCCACUCACAGAAUCAAAUGGCGUUGUAUCCCUCAAUCGCAGCUGGAUCCUUCCACUUCUGCGGGAAUCUAUCAAUAAUGCACGGCUCAGCUUUUUCUCCAAUCACAUUCUGAGCCUUGCGGAUCAGUGUCGCAAUAAGUGGAAGAAGUACUCGGAGGAGAAGAAUUCCACAGUUGCUCACACUUAUGAGCUACUCUGUUGUCAACUUUGGGGCCUAUUUCCGGGCUUCUGCCGUCAACCAAUUGAUCCGGAGAAUUUCCAGACUGUCGCAAGGACACUCGGGAGUGUUUUGACGCACAAUCCCGAACUCAGAUCUCCUGUACUCGAUGGCCUCAAGGAACUCUGCACGAAUCCCACUGAUGCCUGCAGGGCAGAAUUGGAGAGAUUCGCCAAGAACUUCAUGCCGAUUUUCUUCAAUAUCUACACAACAAAGCCAACAACAACGUAUGAAGCUGAGCAGAGGGAGCUUGCGUUGGAAGUUGUGAAGGUUUACCUGGAACUGACUCCUCACACAGUUCGCAAUCAACUCUUUGACACAGCAAUGGGGCAAUUGAAGGGAAAUCCACCGGGGAAAUUCACAUCAGAGUCUCUCUUUACGCUCGUUCGUACCCUGGCGAUCUUUAUGGAUGAGGAGAAGCUCAGUGAACUCUUUGAUAAGUACGUUUGCCCAAUUUUGGAGAGAAAGAAGAAGAAUCCUGUGGUUGUCAAGGAGGAUGAUCGUUUUGGGCAGCAACAGAAGAAGACUUAUCAAUUCCUCGUGGAGAUUCUCAGGAGUGAAAAUCAAGGCUGUAAGGAAUUCACGUCAAAGCGAAAAAUUGAAAUUCGUGAUCUGCUCCUUUCGUGCUUUGCGAAAACUUCAGCUCAAUGCCAAGGAUUGCGUCUCACUUGCCUCGCUGUGAUGUUUAGUCAUGCCAAGAAGCUCACGAGUGAUUCAAUCUUGGUUAAGAAGACAAUUCCGGAGCUUAUUCUUGCAUAUGGAAGCUUCUAUGGGACAAAGGACAACGUAGCGGAUGAUUUGCUUCAAACGAUUGGGGAUUUGCAUGAAAAGGACGGGAAGCUCAAUGAGCUGAUUGAUACUCUCUCUUCUGGACUGGCUGGAGAUCAAACACUCAUCACAAACACAAUCCUCGUCCUCAAAUUCUUCUUCCAGCGGUUUGCCGGUAAUCUCCGGGUAACAACGAUUGAAUUUGUUCUUCAACAAAUCCUCACGUACAUCACUGGGAAGCAGAGAUCUAUUGUGGCAUCAUGUGUUGGAUUCCUUCUAGUGUUUGUACGUGUCCUUCCUGUACCUCUGGUGGCAAAUCACUUGCCAGUUAUCCUCAAGAAUCUCUCCGUAAUGGUACCGGACACAAAACGAUACUGCAGGAAGCAAAUUGGUUUCCUGUACAGACGUCUUUGCAGGAGAUUUACAGCUGAGGAGAUUAUCAAACUCGUCCCGGGGAAUGAUGAAGUAACGCACAAGAGACUGAAGAAUAUCAAGAAGGAGCAAGCACGGAGGAAACGUCAAGAUCUCGAGAAGAGUCACCAGAAAGAUGAUUCAGAUGAGGAAGUAGCUGAAGAGAUGCUUGAGAAGAAAAUUGAUACAAUUGAUGAUGUUUUGGCGGAUUCGGAUUCAGAUUUCGAUGAGGAACAGCCAAAGGAGCCGCCGAAGAAGAGUAAGAAGGCCAAGGAGGCAUUCAUAAAGGAGGAUGCUGACACAAUUGUUGAUCUUGCUGAUGUCAAUGCAAUUGGAAAGAUCACAACUUCACGUCCGGAAGCGGAAGAGAUUGUUGAGAAGAAAAAGAAGAAUCCCAAUAGAGGGUUCAAGGUGGACGCAGAUGGGCGUUUGGUGAUUGAGGAACCAAAAGCAGGACAAGCUGAAGAGGAUUCUGAUGAAGAGGAAAUGGAAGAGAGUAAGCAAUCGAAGAGGAAUCGUCUGAUGGAGGAUUCAAGUGAUGAAGAACCCAUUGAGGAGGUUCCAAAGUCCCGUAAACGAAAAGCAGAAGAUGCCUUGAGUGCUGCGUCGGGGCAGACGGGCUAUCGUCCGGGUGGUUCGGGAAUUCAUCGACCAUUGUCCGCCUAUUCCGGAAAGUCAGGAAAGACUGCAGCAUCGUGGCUAUCAAAGGCAUCAACGAAAGCUUCUGGGGCUACAUUUGGACAAGAAUAUCAAGCAAAGAAGGCACGCGGAGAUGUUAAACGGAAAGGAAAAUUCGAUCCCUACGCCUACAUCCCUCUGGACAAGAGUACUCUCAACAAGAGGAAACGCGCCAAGAGUGCAGGUCAAUUCAGGAAUAUUGUGCAGGGAGCACGAAAGGGAGCAGCGGCUGGAUCUAAGAAUCGUCUGCUAAAGAAAUCUGGAAAGCGGGCAUAAUUGGAGAAAAGUUCUUGGCCGAAAUUCAGCUUUAUUGCAAAUUUGAAAUAAAUAUUUUGGAAAAUUAAAUAUUCUAAUAAAGAUUAUUAGUUACUGAA